AUGCUCAUAAAAUUUCUCUUCCAGGUGAAACAGGCAACCAACCAAAUUGUGAUGAACUGUGCUGACAUUGACAUUAUCACAGCUUCCUAUGCGCCAGAAGGAGACGAAGAGGUACACGCCACAGGGUUCAACUAUCAAAAUGAGGAUGAAAAGGUUACUCUCUCCUUUCCCAGUACUCUUCAGAAAGGGACAGGAACGCUAAAGAUAGACUUCGUAGGGGAGCUGAAUGAUAAAAUGAAAGGUUUUUACCGAAGUAAAUAUACCACCCCUACUGGAGACACACGCUAUGCUGCUGUCACUCAGUUUGAGGCUACUGAUGCUCGCAGAGCUUUCCCUUGCUGGGAUGAGCCUGCUAUUAAGGCAACAUUUGAUAUUUCUUUAGUGGUUCCUAAAGACAGAGUAGCUUUGUCAAAUAUGAAUGUCAUUGACCGGAAGCCGUACCCAGAUGAUGAAAAUCUGGUGGAAGUGAAGUUUGCUCGCACCCCUAUAAUGUCAACGUAUCUUGUAGCGUUUGUGGUGGGAGAAUAUGACUUCGUAGAGGCCAGGUCCCUUGAUGGCGUCUUAGUGCGUGUUUACACUCCUGUUGGCAAAGCGGAACAAGGAAAGUUUGCGUUAGAGGUUGCUGCUAAAACUCUGCCUUUUUAUAAGGACUACUUCAAUGUUCCUUACCCUCUUCCUAAAAUUGAUCUCAUAGCUAUUGCAGACUUUGCUGCUGGUGCCAUGGAGAACUGGGGCCUUGUUACUUAUAGGGAGACUGCAUUACUCAUUGACCCCAAAAAUUCCUGUUCUUCAUCUCGCCAGUGGGUUGCUCUGGUUGUAGGACAUGAACUUGCUCAUCAGUGGUUUGGAAACCUUGUGACCAUGGAAUGGUGGACCCAUCUCUGGCUGAAUGAAGGAUUUGCUUCCUGGAUUGAAUACCUAUGUGUAGAUCACUGUUUCCCAGAGUACGAUAUCUGGACUCAGUUUGUUUCUGCUGAUUACACACGAGCUCAAGAGCUUGAUGCCUUAGACAACAGUCAUCCUAUUGAAGUUAGUGUUGGCCAUCCAUCUGAAGUAGAUGAAAUAUUUGAUGCUAUUUCUUACAGCAAGGGAGCAUCUGUAAUCCGAAUGCUACAUGACUACAUUGGUGAUGAGGACUUUCGGAAAGGAAUGAAUUUAUAUUUAACGAAGUUCCAGCAGAAGAAUGCCGCUACAGAGGACCUCUGGGAAAGCCUGGAAAAAUCUAGUGGUAAACCUAUUGCUGCUGUGAUGAAUACAUGGACCAAACAAAUGGGAUUUCCGCUCAUUUAUGUGGAAGCUGAACAGCAAGAAGAUGACAAAGUGUUGAAGUUAGUCCAGAAGAAAUUCUGUGCCAGUGGACCAUAUACUGGGGAGGAUUUCCCCAUGUGGAUGGUCCCCAUAAGUAUUUGUACAAGUGAUGACCCCACCUGUGCCAAAAUGCAAAUAUUGAUGGACAAACCAGAGCUCACCUUGGUUUUGAAAGACAUCAAACCAGACCAGUGGGUGAAGUUAAACCUUGGAACAGUAGGGUUUUACCGUACUCAGUAUAGCCCUGACAUGCUGGAGAGUUUAAUACCAGCGAUCAAAGACCUCUCCCUACCCCCUGUGGACAGGCUUGGCCUGCAGAAUGAUCUUUUCUCUCUGGCCCGAGCUGGAAUCAUUAGCACUGUAGAGGUUCUAAAAGUCAUGGAAGCUUUUGUGAAUGAGCCCAAUUAUACUGUGUGGAGCGACCUCAGCUGUAACCUGGGGAUCCUCUCAACUCUCUUGUCCCACACAGACUUCUAUGAGGAAAUCCAGGUGUUCGUGAAAGAUGUCUUUUCACCAAUAGGGGAGAGACUGGGAUGGGACCCCAAACCUGGAGAGGGUCAUCUAGAUGCCCUUCUGAGAGGUCUGGUCUUGGGCAAACUAGGAAAAGCUGGUCACAAGGCAACAUUAGAAGAAGCCCGACGCCGAUUUAAGGACCAUGUGGAAGGAAAACAUAUGCUGUCAGCUGAUCUGAGGAGUCCUGUAUAUGUAACUAUUUUGAAGCAUGGAGAUAGUACUACUUUAGACACUAUGCUGAAGCUUCAUAAGCAAGCAGACAUGCAGGAGGAGAAGAACCGAAUUGAACGAGUUCUUGGAGCCAUCUCUCAACCAGAACUGAUUCAAAAAGUUCUCACCUUUGCACUUUCAGAAGAGGUACGUCCCCAGGACACGGUAUCUGUUAUUGGUGGAGUGGCUGGAGGCAGCAAGCAAGGCAGGAAAGCUGCUUGGAAAUUUGUAAGGGACAAUUGGGAGGAACUUUAUAAUCGAUACCAAGGUGGAUUCUUAAUAUCCAGACUAAUAAAGCUAACAGUGGAUGGAUUUGCAAAUGAUAAAAUGGCCGCAGAAGUUAAGGCCUUCUUUGAGAGUCACCCAGCUCCAUCGGCAGAACGCACAGUCCAGCAGUGCUGUGAAAAUAUUCUGCUGAAUGCAGCUUGGCUGAAGCGGGACGCCGAGAACAUCCACCAAUAUUUUCUGCAGCGCAAGGCCCCACCAGCCAUGGUGUGAAUCUGUGCAUGCCACUGCUGCAGUCCUGCUGCCGCCUCAUGGGGAGAGGGAGGAGCUACCCAACAGCUGAUUCAUAUGCCAAGAAUUUGGAGUCUUUUUCUCAAACCAAUGGGGAUUGGACAAUGAAUGUAGUUAACUGGUUCCUGCUCACACUCCAGAUUUAAAUUCUAUUAAAAUUAUCAGCAAUUCAGCAAAAAAAAAAGAGAGAAAAAUCUGUAAAUAUGAUAGUAAUAAAAUAGAGCAUAACAAAACUGUGAAACUUCCUCAAGCCUUGUCAGUGGUUAAAAUAUUUAACACCCCCCUCCUGACACUCUUAUUGACA